AUGAGUGACAAAGAAUCAUUACUUCAUAGUGGAGAAGACAUAGACAAAUUGAUAGAACAGUUGCCUAAAGCUCUUUAUAGCGAUAAAAUUGAACUUUGUGAAUGGGAAGGUUUUUGGUGUGAGCCUACCCUAAUAAAGGCAGCCAUGAUCUUCAAGAAAACCUUCAAAUCAGACCCUAACGAUGUUCUCUUGGCAUCCUCCGUGAAAACAGGUACAACAUGGCUCAAGGCCAUAUGUGUAUGCAUCAUGCAAGAUAACAAAGAUGAACAAGACGUCUUAGUGAAGGAUAAUCCUCAUUUUCAUGUUCCAACAAUAGAGGCCAUGGAUUAUUAUAUAAAAUCUCCAGCUAAUGAUCUAUACACUAUGCCCUAUCCAAGACUAUUUCACACUCAUUUGCCUUAUAAGGUAUUGCCAGAUUCAAUCAAGAAUUCAGAUUAUUGCAAGAUUAUAUACAUAGUUAGAAACCCUAAAGAUACCCUAAUUUCCAUGUGGCAUUUCUUCAAUAACCAUAAGCGUGUAGAAAAUUUCUUCCCUUUAGAAAAAGCUGUGGAGUGCUUUUGCAAUGGGGUUCAUCACUAUGGACCAUUCUUUGAACACGUUCUUGAAUAUUGGGAAGAAAGUAAAAGGAGACCUCAGAAAAUACUAUUCUUGAAGUAUGAAGACUUGAAAAUAGACCCUAAGAAGGAAGUUGAUAAAAUAGCCUUGUUUCUUGGGAAACCUUUUGGUAAUGAAGAGGAUUUGGAGAAAGUUUUGUGGAGGUGUAGCUUGGAGAGGCUUAAGAAUUUGGAGGUUAAUAAGAGUGGAUCACUCUUCACUGUAGUUCCUAAUAGUUCAUUUUUUAGGAAAGGGAUUGUUGGAGAUUGGAAAAAUUACAUGACACCUGAAAUGGAAGAGAAACUUGAGAAGAUUACUAGCUUGAAGCUCCAAGGGAGUGGCCUUGAACUUUGACUCUUUAGUUAUCUCAUCCGGAGACAUGUUCAGGAUUUCAAGUUUAUGGAGAUCAAAAUGAUAUAUAAUCAUAACUUGAUUCACAGUCAAAAAAGCUACUGAAUUCCUGUGAAUUCAGAUGUUGUACUCUAAAUCCGCUAUUGAUCUCAUCCUUUUCCCUUUUUCUUCUCUCACUCUUCUUAUUCCAUUGUUCUUCUCUUUUAAAUUAUAUAUGGUGUAAGGUUUUAAUUAUAAGCUUGUUUGUUAAUGAAAAUAAUU